AUGGUGACCACGACAGUGUCUGCAAACAUUCUGAAGCUUGACUUUUGGUCUCACGGGAAAUACAUCUUUAUAUGCACUGUGGCUAUGCUGUCGUCGUUCCAAUACGGACUCGACUACGCACUGGUGGGCGGCUUUCUGUCAACGCCCGGCUUCCUCGAAGUCUUUGGCUACUACGACCCGCACUUGAAAAGAUGGAACAUUGAUCACGUCGUUCAGCAACUCAUCUCGUCCAUUAUGACGGUCGCAACCUUUGUAUCUCCCCUCCUUGUCGGCCCUUUUAGCAGCAGGUUCGGGCGCAAACCUGGCCCAUGGGCAGCCAUACUUCUCAUCUAUGCAGCCGCAGCCAUCCAAAUCGGCACGACGAGCAAAGAGGUCUUAUAUUUUGCUCGGUUUCUGAUGGGCUUUUCCAUCGGCUGGCUAAUCACCUUCGCGCCACUCUACGCCCACGAGACGGCCCCUGCAAAUCUCCGCGGCAUCGCUCUGGCAUCGUACCAAAUUCUCUUAUCGAUGGGCGGGAUCGUUGGGUAUGCGGUCGACUACGGCACGCGAACGAUGCUCAGCCGGCGUGCAUAUAAGAUUCCGCUGGCAAUCUUCUUCGUCGUCCCCACAAUUCAAGCUAUACUGCUCUUCUUCGUUGCUCCGGAAUCACCCCGCUGGCUAGUGGUCAUGAACAGAGAGCGCGAGGCAGAAGCCGCGCUGCGCAGGUUGCGAAAUCACAAGAUCAGUGAGCUUGAACUCCAGACCGAGUUGAACGAAAUCCGCCAGUCUACGAGAGAACAGAUUCAGCAUAGCAAGAACGCAUUACCGAGCUGUAUUAACAUCUACACGGUCUACUUCUUGGAGUUUUCCGGCGUUGACAAUCCCCUGGCUUACAGAAUCUUGGUCGCGGCGGUCGGCUUGAUUGGUGUACUACUCAGCCUACUCUUUGUUCGAAGAAGUGGCUGUCACACACUUACUCCUUUCACUUUCGAAUUAACCCAUUUCGUUCCUAGCGCCUACGCCUGGCUAUUAGGCGGCGAAUACGCCAACAACCAGCUUCGAGCAUUCACCUUCGGCCCUGCUGCGGCGAUCAACUUCCUAGGAAACUGGGCGGGGACAUUCUCGGCGCCUUAUUUCAUUAAUCCUGCCAGUUUCGACUGGGGUCCAAAGUAUGGCUACAUCUGGUUCGGGUCGAAUAUGGUCUGUGCCAUGUUGACGUGGCUCUUCUUACCGGAGACCAAAGAUCGAACUCUGGAGGAAAUCCAUGAGAUGAUCGAGGCGAGAUUGCCGGCUCGAAAGUUUGAAGGGUAUGUGUGUGUGGGGGUGGAGACCGCUGCUGCGCAGGCUCUGGGCACGCAGUUGGGGGAGCGGAAGAACAUUGAGGAAACCACGCAUGCAGAAGAGGUGGAAAAUUCAACACCGAAAAAAAGAACGUGGAACAUUCGAGACUGA